AUGCUAGCUGUUACUGACAACCUAUUACGUAUAGUAAACUUCGUGUUUAUGGUCAUCUGUAUUGGUCUAAUCUCUGACCUAAUCGCUACUAGAGACCGUCACUCCUCCCGUGUCAACUACUGUAUGUUCGCUGCCGCUUAUGGUAUUGCUACAGACUCCCUAUACGGUGUGUUCGCUAACUUCUUCGAAAUCUUGGCAUGGCCUUUGAUUUUGUUCACAUUGGACUUCUUGAACUUCGCUUUCAUGUUGACCGCUGGUUGUGUCUUGGCAGUCGGUAUCAGAGCUCACAGCUGUAACAACGCCCACUACAGGGAAAACAACAAGAUUAUCCAAGGCUCCGAGAGAAGAUGCCGUGAAUCCCAAGCCGCUGUCGCUUUCUUCUUCUUCUCCAUGGCCAUCUUCUUGGCUAAGAUGAUCAUGUCUCUAUUGAACAUCUUCUCCAACGGUGCUUUCGGUACUAAGUUCAUCAGAAGAAGAAGAAACAACGCUGAAGUCGGUGUCCCAUCCGUCUCUCAAGUUUAA